AUGGUGAUUGUCUGGCUUGUGGCGGCCUCCUGGGGCUGGGCCAAGGACAUUGUGCCGAAUGCCAGGGAAUUCCCGCUAGUGCACUCAUCACCCACUCAAGAGCCAGUGGCAGCCAACAGGCAAUGCUGCACCAUUAAGGUGUUUGUCAAGAAGCUGAGCUGGGCAUUGUGGGCGAUCCUGAGGGCCCUUUUUAGACCGGCUGUAAGAGAAGAAGAAGAAGAAAAGAAGCCGCAUUUGGAAGCAAACUUGUGGAAUCUUAGGGGACUGAGAUCAAGGUGUUGGCAGCGACGCAUUCCCUCUGGACAGCCCUUCCUGGUCUCUUCCAGCUUCGAGAGGCUGCCCACAUCCCUUGGUCUGUGGCUCCUUCCAGCAGUGGCAUCGCUGCCAUAUCUGCUUCUGCCUUCCACCACCUUCUCCGACUCUGAUCUUCUGCCUCCUCUUAACUGGUUAAAGUCAUAUGGCUAUCUGCUUCCCUAUGAUUCACGGGCAUCUGCAUUGCACUCAGGAAAGGCCUUACAGUCUGCAGUUUCCACUAUGCAGCAGUUUUACGGGAUUCCUGUCACCGGUGUGUUGGAUCAGACAACCAUCGAGUGGAUGAAGAAACCCCGAUGUGGUGUCCCUGACCACCCCCACUUGAGCCGCAGGCGGAGAAACAAGCGCUAUGCCCUGACUGGACAGAAAUGGAGGCAAAAACACAUCACCUACAGCAUCCACAACUAUACCCCAAAGGUGGGUGAACUGGACACACGGAAAGCUAUUCGCCAGGCUUUCGAUGUGUGGCAGAAGGUGACCCCACUGACCUUUGAAGAAGUGCCCUACCAUGAGAUCAAAAGUGACCGGAAGGAGGCAGACAUCAUGAUCUUCUUUGCUUCUGGUUUCCAUGGUGACAGCUCUCCAUUUGAUGGGGAAGGGGGAUUCCUGGCCCAUGCCUACUUCCCUGGCCCAGGGAUUGGAGGAGACACUCACUUUGACUCGGACGAGCCAUGGACGCUAGGAAAUGCCAACCAUGAUGGGAACGACCUCUUCCUGGUGGCUGUGCACGAGCUGGGCCACGCACUGGGACUAGAGCACUCCAACGACCCCAGCGCCAUCAUGGCUCCCUUCUACCAGUAUAUGGAGACACACAACUUCAAGCUACCCCAGGAUGACCUCCAGGGCAUCCAGAAGAUCUAUGGACCCCCAGCGGAGCCUCUGGAGCCCACAAGGCCACUCCCCACACUCCCCGUUCGCAGGAUCCACUCACCAUCAGAGAGGAAGCACGAGCGCCAGCCCAGGCCCCCUCGGCCACCCCUUGGGGACAGGCCGUCUACACCAGGCGCCAAACCCAACAUCUGUGACGGCAACUUCAACACAGUGGCCCUCUUCCGGGGCGAGAUGUUUGUGUUUAAGGAUCGCUGGUUCUGGCGCCUGCGCAAUAACCGGGUGCAAGAAGGCUACCCCAUGCAGAUUGAGCAGUUCUGGAAAGGCCUGCCCGCCCGCAUAGACGCAGCCUACGAAAGAGCCGAUGGGAGAUUUGUCUUCUUCAAAGGUGACAAGUACUGGGUGUUUAAGGAGGUGACGGUGGAGCCCGGGUAUCCCCACAGCCUGGGGGAGCUGGGCAGCUGUCUACCCCGUGAAGGCAUCGACACGGCUCUGCGCUGGGAACCUGUGGGCAAGACUUACUUCUUCAAAGGCGAGCGAUACUGGCGCUACAGUGAGGAGCGGCGGGCCACAGACCCUGGCUACCCAAAGCCCAUCACCGUGUGGAAGGGCAUCCCGCAGGCUCCCCAGGGGGCCUUCAUCAGCAAGGAGGGCUAUUAUACCUACUUCUACAAGGGCCGGGACUACUGGAAGUUUGACAACCAGAAGCUGAGCGUGGAGCCAGGCUACCCACGCAACAUCCUGCGAGACUGGAUGGGCUGCAACCAGAAGGAAGUGGAGCGGCGCAAGGAGCGACGGCUGCCUCAGGAUGAUGUGGACAUCAUGGUGACCAUCAAUGACAUGCCAGGCUCUGUGAACGCUGUGGCCGUGGUCAUCCCCUGCAUCCUGUCGCUCUGCAUCCUGGUGCUGGUCUACACCAUCUUCCAGUUCAAGAAUAAGGCAGGCCCUCAGCCUGUCACCUACUAUAAACGGCCGGUCCAGGAGUGGGUGUAAGCAGCCCAGAGCCCUCUCCAUCCACUCGGUCUGGCCGGCCAGACCCUUCCUCACCAGGGUCUGAGGGGCAGCUCUGGCUACUGCCCACCGGGGCCAGCAGGGCCCUUGGCCCAGGUCGUACAGCUGAAGUGGUGGGUGCACUGGCCCUGGUUGAGCAUGGGCAGGGAGUAACAGGGGCUGUGCCCCAGGGUAGCUGUCUGGUGCCCAGCUGCCAGCCUUCUGUCCUGGGUGAACUGCUCUCUACUUGAGGGAACAGGCCAGGUCCCAUCAGGAGGCAGGGCCCAUGCCAGGAGGAGCCUCCAUAGUCACUGCAUCCUGUGGUGUCUAGGAGGCACCACGACUCCAUGCCUGGCUGGCACUGAGCACCCCUGUGGGAUGCCAGUACUAGCUCCCAUCUCCCAUCUGGGAGGUGCCACCAGUCCCAGUCCCCUUUUGCCAACACCUGCUGGUCAGAUGUCCCCCGUCCCCACCCCACUGUUCCCCAAGGACCCUCCUGCUGACAUAGUGGGCGACAGGUCCGGGUAUCCCCUGCUGGUAUACAGCAGGUCCUCAGGAAACCUGCUCCACUUGUCAGGGUCUCCUCUGAGACCCAGGAUUUAGGGUCAUAAGCUGCAGGCAGGGCUGUGGCCCUGCUGGGUCUGACAAGGACCCGGCUCUCACAUCGUGAAUCUUUAAAUGUCCUGUCACACUGUUUAAAGUCCCAUUCUGCAAAGGCUGCUUGAGACUUUAGGUGAACUAGAGGUGACUGGCUUGGUGAUGGGACCAGCGUGGUGGCCCUCCCCCAGGCAGUAAGGACCAAGGUGCUGCUAGGGCCCCUCCAGCGCCCAGACACCCCCGUAGCUGGGCCCUGCUCACAAGACUACAGAGCUGGGGCAAAAGCUGACCCCACUUCUGGAGGCCAAUCCAAGUCUGUGACCGCCCUCCACUCCCCCAGUUAUCCUCGUCCCUCCCACAUGCCCUGAUCCCAGCCCUGCUCCAGCCUGUCUUCAGGGCUCGGGGCUCAGCCUGACUAGUGAGGUGAAGCAGAGAGGGCCACAGAGGCAACGCAGAUGGGGCCUUGUGUCAGGGUCCGGGCACUCCUGAAGUGCUUGGCGCUCUCAUCCCAGGCUGCCCUGAGGCCUACGCAAUCUCUCAGCCUGGAGGCAGCUCACAGGGCCCGUUUUCCUGCUCUGCUGUUAGAAAAGAGCACUCCCGACUGGCAGCCGCCCCAAGCCAAAGGCCCCCUCCUCGACCUUCUCUGGACCACCACUGUCUGGCAGGAGUUCCUAGUGCUGUCCGCCUUACUCCUACCCAGUGGAGGCAGGCUGCUUGUCAC